AACAAGAUCUUUUUGAUCCUGUGGAUAUGGGUGUGAUGAAUAAUUUAUGAUGGUUUUGUUAAGGGUAACCACCCUUAUCGUACGGCAGGGAUGUAAUUGUUGGAGGGACCAUGAACACCUCCCUCAUCAUAUCAGUUUCCACUAACCCUCUUUUUUUUUUUUUUUUUGUUCUUAAAAAAUUAUAAAAUGGAGGAGACAACUGUUAGAAGGGAUAUAGAAUUCUUGGGUGCAUGUGAAUCACACACCAUAGCAAACGCAGCUCAACUAUUUUAUGAUGAUUGUCCCCAAAAACCCUAAUAUAGAAAUAUAGAUAAUAGAUAUGUGCAAAUCCUGUUACAUGUUAAUAAAAAUAAUUUAUAAAUGAAGUGCAUUGCUCGACCUGUCUUAGGCAUCUUCCACAAAACUUGAAUUGCAUUGGCUAUUUACACUCUCAUUUGUUUGGCAUGCCUGAAACCCAAGAAUGCACCCCAGAUUCUUAAGUUCUUCUCUCUCUCUCUCUCUCUUUAUAUCAAAAUAUUAUAGUUUAUUUGGACCUUGUUUUCAGUAUAUACUGAUGGGGAAUAUUGUGAGAGAGCAAGCUCAUCCUCUUUCUCUCUCAAAACCUAGAUUUGGCUCAACUUAAGGUUUUUCUCUUUCUCCUUGCAAAACUCAAUUUCUCUCUACUUCAUCUUCUUCAACUUCAACUGGUUUAGCUGCUGUGAUUCUUCAUAAUUUGGUAGCCUCUUCAAGAAUUUGUAUCAGGUCAGAAUAUGCACUUCAAUUCUCUACUACCCUCCCUUUUUUCUUUUCUUUUCUGAUGCAUGAUUUCAUUGCAACAAGAAGAGGAUAAAAGAGAUAAGAAUCAUAAAAUAUUAGGUUGAGUUUGACUUUCGGAAGCAAGGAAUUUGGAUGUUCAAUUGUGUGUUUGAUAUAUAUGCAUUUGGUUUUUAUUAUUUUCAUUUUAGAGUUACCCUUUAACAUGGUGAUUAUGAUGAUCCUACUGUUAAACUUUGUUAUCACCGGCUUUCAUAUUUUUCCUUCUUAAACAAUCACUUUAAGAAGAUCCAUGAAAGUAAUGAUUUUUUUCCUCUUAAUUAAACAAAAUUCAUAUAUCCACACAUACAAAAUGUAUGUAAUUUCAUUUAAACACCAACUCUUUCAUGGAUGCUGGUGUAGUUUAAUACAUCUAAAUCUAUGAAAUGAAUAUUUUAAAACAUACAUACAUACAUACUCAUCUAACUGUGUUGCACUCCUAUUAAUUUAGUAUACUCAUAGUAAUUAGGUACCGAAUAUCCAUUUAGAUGGAGUGGUUUAUAGUGGAUUAUUAUUAUUUUGUAAAUGUGGUUAUAUAAAGGUUAAUAUAUGUGUGAAAGAAAAAGUAAUAGACAUAAGAAGAAACCAAGAAGGGCAUUGAAACCACAUGUGAUAUAUAAUGUACCUAUAGACAAGGCUGCAUAAUGGAAGAUAUUUUGUAUGGAAGAUUUAUCAAUGGUGGCCCAAAGAACAUGUGAAGAAGAAGACAAAUCACACUGGAACUAAAAGUGGUUGAUGUUUAUCAUACUUUCAUUUUUAGUGCUGGAAAAACAUUAAUUCAUGCCAUUCAUCCCCCUUCUCUCCUCUCAAUAAUAAACAAUCCAUUACCAAUCAACAACCUUAUUCUCAGCUUUUUUUUUUUUUUUGGGGGGGGGGGGGCUCACUUUAACAGGUGGGAAUAGUAAAAAGGUGAUUUGAUUAUCAGAGUUGUUAUGUGAUCUACUUUCUUAUCAAAUUUCUUGGGAAAGAAGGGAUCAUUUUAUUCAUUUCCCAAAUCCAAAUCCAAAUCUAUUCAUCCUACAUAUUCGGUGUAUUCUUCAAGCAACAUUAAACUCCAAUGGGGAAUCUUCUUAGGCCGUACGAUAAGGAGUAUAUGAGGAUGGCUAUCUUAAAACAUGAAGAAACUUUCAAAGAACAGGUGUACGAACUGCAUCGUCUAUAUCGAAUCCAGAAGACGUUGAUGAAAAGCAUGGAAAGCAGCCGGCCUAAAGGAAACUUUAGCUUGAAGAAUAAUUAUCACCAUGGAAAUAUAAAUAUGCAUCACAAUACAAGAACCAGACUUGACUUGGAACAUCCGGCGGCUGAGGGUGAUCAUCGGUCAAACAAUGUUGUUGCAGAACCAGACUAUGGUCGUAACACAAUAUUAGAAUCCAUAGAUGAGAGCGAGAUUGAGCUUACUUUAGGCCCCACAAGGUACGUGCCGAGGAAGAAACAUGGGACUCCUCGAACUUCGGAUUCCGGUCCGAGCUUCUCUUCUUCUUCCACUGAAUCCAGUCAUGUGAAGAAGACAAGCACAACAAGGGAUGAUUUCACUGGAAAUGAGCAGAUGGGACUUUUCAAGGUCACUGAUAUGACAUUUGGGUACCCAAAUGGGAGUAAAAACAACACUGAUCUUGAAGAACAGUUGAGACAGGAGAGAUUAAAACAGCCACCUUGGCUUUUCCAAGUUCUAAGCAUGAAUAUGACUUAAACAAAAAAGAAAAAAGAAAAAGAAACUAUCAUCCAAGUCGAUAUGAUUAGAUUUUAGACUGUUUCUUAUCGACUAAUUUCCUGUGAUUGAUGUUUGUGUGGAAAGUUUCUUCUAAGUUUCUUUUUUAGCAAUGGAGUAUUUUGUAAAGAUCACUUGUUUCCUUGCCUUGCAAAAAAACCCUCUAAUUUGUUGAGCUCCACUUUCAAAUCAGUCUAUUUCCAAGUCCCACUUGGGGAAGACUUUUGAGUACACAGCACACCUUUUUAUUAAUUCUCUUUAAUUUGAUCAACCUUUGCUGUAUUAGCCGGUGUUAUAGUUUCAACUCUGUUGUAUUUGCAAAGCACCUUUUAGGGCUUAUAACAGGAAUAUUCACAUCUACAAAA